AUGGAGAGAAGAAUGGAGGCAUUAUUCGAAAAGAGAGCAGAGAAAGAGGGAGAGGGAAUUUUGUUGAUGACAAUGGCAGUAGGAAGUUGUAGUUUAUUCGACAUGGAGAAAAGUGUAUGCAAUCAUGGGAUGUUUAUGAUGCCUCCAAAUGUGUGGAUUCCAUCCUCCAAAUCACUCCAAAGACCUCUCCGACUCGCUGACGAUGCCACUUCUCUCACUCUUUCAGUCUCUCAGUCAAACCAUUAUCUCUAUGUCCGCCACUUCUCUCAACACUCUAAUUUCUCCAUGAAUGACCAACGUGUAAUACAGGAACAAAUUGUUCGUAUGCUGAGGAUCACAGAAAGUGAUGCAAGAGAUGUCAGAGAGUUUCACAAAGUGUGUCCACGCGCUAAGGAGACGGGCUUUGGUAGGCUUUUUCGUUCUCCAUCUCUCUUUGAAGAUGCUGUCAAGUCCAUCCUUCUCUGCAAUUGCACAUGGGGAAGGACACUUAAAAUGGCUGAAGCUCUAUGCAAACUCCAAUAUGACAUAUCACAAAACAAUGUGGAUGGAGUUAGUAGUAGAACUAGAGGUGUAAAGAGGAAACUGGUGUAUCCCAAAGAAAAUGAAAAAGUGAUGAAAAUAGGGAAUUUUCCAAACGCAAGAGAAAUAGUGAGCCGUGGGGAGAACGAUUUCAUGGAGAGAAUGAGUCCUGUGCUUGGAUAUAGAGCCAAGCAUAUUUUUAAACUGGCUAAGGACGUUCAUAGUGGAAAACUUAGUGUGCUGCGAGAACUGGAGGAAGCUUCUGAGAAGAGGUUGUGCCGGGAGGACAUGAUCAUCAACAAGAUCAGAGGUUUUGGUCCCUUUGCAUGUGCCAACAUCUUGAUGUGUGUCGGUCACUAUCAAAAAGUUCCUGUUGACUCCGAAACCAUCAGGCAUUUACAACAGAUUCAUGGAAGGAAAAAAUGCAACAAGAAAACUAUUCAAAAAGAGGUCAAAGAAAUUUAUGACAAGUAUGCACCAUUCCAGUGCUUGGCAUAUUGGAUGGAACUGUUGGAAUACUACGAAAACAAAUUCGGGAAGCUGAGUCAAUUGCCACAGUCUAGUUAUCAUACCAUUAGCGGUAGCAAGCUUUGA